AUGAAGCCCAAGUCCUCUCUCGUGAGGGCUAAAAGUUUGUCAUGGCGCAUUGCAGCGCUAAGUGCGCAAACUGUCACACCCGGUACGUCCGGUGCUUCAAGUAGCAAUGCACGGAAAGCAGCUCUUAUGUUUCGGUGCUGCAUAAGAAAGAACUACUUGAAUUUCCUCACCUAUAAUCUAUCGCUCUGGAUCAAAGACGGUCUCUGGAUGCCGUCUACCUCCACGGGUCUCCACCGAAACAACUCCAGUUAUCGGUUCCUGGAGAAUAUCUAUUCCUGCGUCUCCCAGCUCGAUAUUCGCAUAGAAUACGAUCAGAUCCGAAAGUGCGUGGCCCUUGCUCUCUUUCACACACAGUAUCUAGCGAGCUACAGAGACUGGAAGGCUCAAGAAGAGAGCAAACGUCGAUGCCUCGUGGGCGUGGGACGGGGAGACCGGACGCUGAUGAUCGACAGCAUUCUUGAACAAACAACACCUAGUUGGAGUGAACUCGACACGAAAAGAUGA